AUGGGUUUCCGCAUAACAAGUAUUAUAAGAAAGGCAUCAUUUCCAACGCCCCAAGGAUCUACCAAAGGAAUUGAAGUCCCUAAAGGCUAUCUUGCUGUCUAUGUUGGAGAUAAAAUGAAGCGGUUUGUGAUUCCAGUAUCAUACUUGAACCAACCAUUAUUUCAAGAAUUACUAAAUAAAGUAGAAGAAGAAUUCAGAUAUGAUCAUCCUAUGGGCGGUCUCACAAUUCCAUGCAGUGAGGAUGAAUUCCUAAACCUCACUUAUCGCUUGAAUUGA